GACACGCGUUUACACGGGAAGCAACAUGGACUGUUGAAGCUAAUGGUGAUGGCAGGUGCCAAGCUAUAGAGGAAAACCCGAAUAAUAUCAGUAACAUGACACGCGCUGGCUGCUAAUGAAUUGCCUACUGGGUACUUAUGAGGAUUAUGGCAGAUUUUAAUAUUCCACAGAAAGACUGGUACUCAAUACUCGGUGCUAACCCGACCGAUGACAUACAAGACAUAAAGCAGAAGUAUCAGAAACUGAUCCUAAUGUUUCACCCAGACAAGCAGAAGCCUGGCCUAUCUGAAGGGGAGGCGGAGCAGCUCCUGCAAAAAUUCAUUGAUGUAGACCAGGCUUGGAAGAUUUUGAGUGACGAGAAGAGCAGGAAGGAGUACAACCUGCAGAUGCGAGCAUGUGAACUGAAGCAGAGUUGGCCAGUGGAUGCUCAUGUAACACUGGAUGACAUGAACUGGGAUACAGAUGCCGAGUGUUAUACGUACAGCUGUCGGUGUGGUGGAGAAUUCGUCUUGUAUCAAGAAGACACACAGGAAGCGGAAACAGUCGUGUGCUGCGAUUCCUGUUCGCUCAGCAUUGAAGUUCAGAAGGUUACUUGAUUCUUUUGGAUACUUCCUGCAAGGUUUUGAUUGGACAAAUAUUGAACUCUCUUUUUUUGAAAACAUAUGGGAGAUAUGGGACAAAUAGACACAACAAAUGCUAUAUUUUAACUAUAAGGAUCGCUGCUCAACCUCUAGCAAGGAAUUUGCAGUUAUGCUGAUCGGAGAGGAUGUCAUAAAAAAUGGUUUGCGUAUGGUGAUAUUUAAAAUGGUGUUCAUUUGUAACCAUAAGCCUGCAGAUUUUACAGUGCAUCGUAUGUCGGAGAUGUAAAAUAUCAAAAUUUAGGGCAUUUUAUAAAUUAAAAUAUUUAUUAAUAAUGCAAAUAACAUUUUCUUGCAAAGCAUCGCUUCCUUAAAAGGUAUAGUUCACCAGUUUUAUAAUUUACUGUCUCUCAAAUUGUUCCAAACUUGUAUAAAAGUAUUGUUCUGCUAAAGACAAAUAUAGAUAUCUAUAACAAAUCAGAUCUGGGACACCAUUCACUUUCAUAGUAUUAUUUUUUCCUACUAUGGAAGUCAUUGGUGCCCCAGAUCUAAUUGGUUUCAAACAUUUAUUAAAAUAUCUUAAUUUUUAUUUAGCAGAACAAAGAAAUGUAUACAAGUUUGAAACACCAUGGAAGUAAGAAAGUCAUGCAAGUUUGGAAUGAAAUAAGGGUGAGUAGAUGAUGUCAGAAUUACCACUUGUUAUCCAGUCAGUCUGUGAAAACCCAAAGUGAUUUUUUUGUGAUUUGGUGUUUUCUACAUUAAUGAUCUUGCGUAAUGUUAAGACCAUUCUGUGAAAAUCUAACCUUAAUAUCUUUAUUAUUGAUUGAGUGCGAUCAUGUCAGUAAGAUUGAAAUCAAUGUGAAAUCAAUGAUGGAAAUCAAACUAAAAUAAUUAAUUAUAUCAAGACUUUAGCCUAGACAGGGUCACAUUUUUGGUGACAACUUUUUUAAAUGUCUCUACAUGCAGUAUGUCUUGUAUAUAGAAUGAAAAGCUUAACGUAGCUGCCCAUGUUAUGAAAAAUAGUCUAAGAUAUUGUAUAACAUAUAACCAUGGAGGCAUGGACCAGUCAUAAGGGCCAAAUUUUCAGCUUUCCAUUGAUGUACAGUUUGUUAGGAUAGGACAAUAUU